GUGUUUACGAGGUAUGGGAAGUGCUACGUGUUCAAUGCUGCAGAAGAAGGGAAGACACUUCGCACCACCAUGAAGGGAGGGACAGGAAACGGCCUGGAGAUCAUGCUGGACAUCCAGCAGGACGAGUACCUGCCAGUGUGGGGGGACACAGAGGAUACAGCCUUUGAGGCAGGUGUGCGGGUGCAAAUCCACAGCCAGGCAGAGCCCCCGUUUGUUCACGAGCUGGGCUUCGGUGUGGCCCCCGGCUUUCAGACUUUUGUAGCCACACAGGAGCAAAGGCUGACCUACCUGCCUCCCCCGUGGGGAGAGUGCGAGUCAAAGCCUCUGGAGUCUGGAUUUUUUCAGGUGUACAGUGUAACCGCCUGCAGGAUUGACUGUGAAACACACUACAUUGUGGAAAACUGCAACUGCAGGAUGGUGCACAUGCCUGGUGACGCUCCAUACUGCACGCCGGAACAGUACAAAGACUGUGCUGAGCCUGCUCUCGCUAAACUCUCGGCCGUGGAGAGCAGUAGCUGCAUGUGCAGGACUCCAUGCAACAUGACCCGCUACAACAAAGAGUUGUCCAUGGUCAAAAUUCCCAGCAAGACCUCGGCCCGCUACCUGCAGAAGAAGUUCAACAGGACAGAGAAGUACAUCUCAGACAACAUUUUGGUGUUGGACGUGUUCUUUGAGGCUCUCAACUAUGAGACCAUUGAACAGAAGAAGGCCUACGAGGUGGCAGGAUUGCUGGGUGACAUUGGAGGUCAGAUGGGUCUCUUCAUUGGCGCCAGCAUCCUCACCAUCCUAGAGCUGUUUGACUAUGCUUACGAGGUGGUAAAGGACAGGAUACUGGAGUUACUAAGCCAAGAGGAGGAGGAGGAGAGUCAUGGAGAAGAUGUGAGUUCCUGUGACCCAGUGGCAAACCACUCUGAGUCCAUCAGUCACACUGUGACAGUCCCCCUGCAGACGACGCUGGCCACUCUGGAAGAAAUUGCCUGCUGAGUCCCUCCCCCUCUCCCUCAGAGCCACACAUGUCCAGAGGCUGCCUCCACUGGGUGGCGCUACGUCAUCGGUUACACUACCGAACAUGCAAGAACUUAACAGGAGGAGGGGAAGAGAAAAGGACAGGAGCAGAGGUCAGUCUGAGGACAGCGCUGUGCUCUGUCACACCGCUCUAUCUGAGGCACUAAUGGGGAUUAAAGAGCUGUCGGCUGGACUUAUCAGCCCUCUCUGUCUCCCUGUACUGGACCAGACGUACAGUGGAAUCUGAGUCUCCACAGAACACGCACACAGAACAUCCCAGACUUGGUGGGGGAACCAUCCAACAAAAAGGGGGCUCCUCCCUGUGCAGCAUAUCUAUGUAACAAACACAUUCAUAUGUCGCUCACUGCCAAAUGAACUGUACAAAUAUUGGUUUUGAACUGUCCAAAUUGCAUGCGUCGAUCUCUCUUGCUCUCUCUGCUGAUGCAUACGUUGGACUGCGAUGUUGCUUUACUGUACAUGUGUGCCAUUUUGUCUCUUUCUCUGCAGGACAGGCCCAUCACAUGGGCCCAGGUGAGAUCGCGGACUUUGAAUGUACAGAUUGAACAUAAUGGUUGUGUGGAAAACCAUAGUUCAGGUGUGACCAAUCGAUCCCUGAUAAUCGAAUCUAAUGAACUGAAUUUAAUAUAGUAGUUGACUGUGGGGUUGGUGACGUAAAAAAACAAACAAAUUGAAGAUGUUACCUGCCUGCAUUUUACAUUUUACUUUCAUUCGUUUCAGUUGAAUUAGUUCACUACAGAUAUGGCACAGGUAACUGUUCUUUAUAAAUGUCUUUAAAAGGGAUGUCAUACUUCUAUUUCUAGUUCAUGUGGGUGCAGUAGUGUCACUCCUGACCACAGCACCCACCUUAGGCCCUGCUCGUACCUGGUAUUGUCAUGUGUCAUUUUGAGUGACCACCUGUGACUCUGCUUCACAUUACUGCUGUAAGCAAAGACCACAUGAAGCGUUGCUUGUUGCCAUUCUGACAAACUAUUGGACAUAUCAACUGCUCAGUUUGUUGAUUUGUUUUUAACUGACUGAAUUUGAAAAACACUGAAGAUUUGAA